UUUACGGCAUCAACAAUCUUCUUUGCUCUCUCUCGCCCUCUCUCCAUUUAUUUAUGUGUGUAUUUCUACAGAAAUCUCAGGGUCAAAAUGGCAUCCGAUUCUCUACCUCCGCCUGAAAACCGCAUCGUUGUGGGAUGUGGAAUUGCGGUCGUUGAUUACUUGGCGGCAGUGGCGGCGUAUCCUCAGCCAGACGAAAAGAUCAGAACCACGAGCUUGAAGGUUCAAGGAGGUGGAAACGCCGCAAAUGCAUUAACCUGUAUGGCUCGUUUGGGCUUAAAUCCAAGGCUAAUUUCCAAGGUUGCAGAUGACACUCAAGGUAGGCAUAUUUUGGACGAGCUAAAAGCUGAUGGUGUGGAUACUUCCUUUUUCGUGGUUUCCAAGGAGGGUAAUACACCAUUUACCUAUGUCAUUGUUGACAACCAAAUGAAAACUCGUACUUGUAUCCACACCCCAGGAUAUCCUCCGAUGAAACCAGAUGAACUUUCCCGAGCAAGUUUAUUAUCUGCAUUAGAUGGUGCGAGAAUUGUCUAUUCUGAUGGAAGAUUGCAUGAAACUGCUUUAAUUCUUGCACAAGAGGCAGUUCGCAAGAGGAUACCCAUCUUAAUUGAUGCAGAAAGGGUAAGGGAAGGGUUGGAUGAUCUCCUGAAAUUAGCUGAUUAUGCCAUAUGCUCAGCAAAAUUUCCACAGGCAUGGACAGAGGCACCUUCUGUUCCAAGUGCACUUGUUUCCAUUCUUUUGAGAUUGCCAAAUAUCAAGUUUGUGAUUGUGACCUUGGGUGAAGAAGGAUGCAUAAUGCUUGAGAGAAGCGUCGAUGAGGGUCUGCAGACAGAAGAAAUUGAUGUAGAAAUCUUAUUAGAAUCAUUAAAGCAGCAAAAGGACGAAAGUCUGGCCAUCCCAACAUACAUAUCAUCGCCAGUGACAAGAUUGAGAGCGAAUGGCAUAGCGACAGUAUGUGGGAGGUUAUUUCUUGGAACAGCUGAGAAGAUACCGCCAUCAGAACUUAUCGAUACAACUGGUGCUGGGGAUGCAUUUAUUGGAGCUGUUGUUUAUGCUUUAUGUUCCAACAUGCAGCCAGAAACAAUGUUGCCAUUUGCUGCUCAAGUGGCAGCAGCAAACUGUAGAGCUUUGGGAGCUCGAACUGGUCUUCCACUCCGCUCGGAUCCACACCUGGCGUCGUUUUUACAUCAGAGUUCCAAAGUGAGGGUCACAUCUUCAGCAACGUAAAUGAGUAGCAUGGGAUUCAGCAUGCAAGAUGGGCUUCUUAUGUUUUAUGUUUAUUCAUACACUUGUUUUCGGUUGUCUUUUUUUAAAAAAAUAAAUAAACAUUUUGUUUAUAUUAUUUCAGAUUUUCUUUUAUCUAUGAUCAUUUCACUAUUUUAGUAAAAGGAUGCCACACAUGCUUAAUUCCUUCAACAGCAACGUCAUUGUUUAAAAGAUGUGAUCUUUCCGGCCAUUGGAGCAAAUGAAGCAAUAUCAGAUCAUCCUAUAAUUUUUUAAUAUCAACUAAUCCACACUUCUCAGUACAGCAUCCCCUUCUCGGUUGAUGACUUGAUGGUCUCUCUACUUCUUUGCAAGAAAAGGAUUUCUCCGAUGUCAAACCAGAAGAUGAACUUUCUCAGCUGCUCAAGUAUAAUUUUUCUUGUGUUUCAUUGUAGCAGGCGCGCUCAUGGACUAAGAGAUGUGUUGGUUGAGUCGGAUUGUAGUGUUGUGGUGGGUUGGUUUAUCAUAGGGACGUGUAAAUAUUGAUAUCUGUGGGAUUUUUGGGAAGAAGCACAUAUUAUUAUUUCUUCUCUGAACAUGGCAUUUUAAACAUGUGUUUAGGGAAACUAAUAUGGUAGUGGAUUUUUUAGCAAAACAUGAGACGACUGGUGUGACUUGGGAUUUUGUUGGUGAAGAGUUUGGUCCGGUACAUACGGAUAGAUUGGGUUUACCUUAUGUUAGACGUUAGGAGUCUUUGGAUGUUGGUUGCGUUUUUUUUGGGUUGGGUCUUAUUGCUGUAAUUAUGGUGAUUCCUCUGCCUGAAUAGGAUUUUUUAAUAAAACGUGGAGGUGCCGUCUUCCUAAGCAGGCGCACCAUGCAGGUUCUCUGGUCA